AUGAGCCUCUUUCAGAAGGGGAUCGGCUCCCACGCUGUCACAUUCGCAACUCGACCACGAUUGAUUGUACCCCGAACUCCGCUGCGACGAGUACGACAGCCCCGACGAUACAAUUCCUCCACACCCGAACAGCCACCUGCGCAGGGAAAACCCACCAAAGAUGGAUCGACGGUGAACAAAAGUACUUCGAAUCCUUCUACAAACCCUUCUUCACAGUCGAGCUCGUCCGGUGCACAACAACCAUCCAAUGCCUCGGCGGCAGUCGGUGCGGCGGUGCGGCGACCACACCCGCAGGCGCUAGUGUGGAGUUCAAUCGUGAUAUACUUGUGUGGAGAUCUGAGUGCUCAGCUGCUGUUCCCCGAGAAGCCAUCACCAAAGGAACAAGCUAAGCUUAAGGAGACGUCAGAGGCACAAGGGGAAGACGACACGGAGAAGAGCUUUUUGUCUACGUAUGAUCCCUGGAGGACUGCACGGCAUCUGGUUGUUGGAGCGGGAUCGAGUAUUCCGUCAUAUCAUUGGUUCUGGUGGCUCCACAACAAUUUCAACUUUUCAUCCAAGCUUCUGUCGAUCCUUACAAAAGUGGCGGUUCAGCAGGCAUGCUUCACGCCCGUAUUCAACACCUACUUCUUCAGCGUCCACUCCCUUCUUGGUGGUGCAACCUUUGAGGAAACCUGGGAGCGUUUGAAGAAGGCCCUUCCCGUCAGUGUUACCAACAGUGUCAAGCUCUGGCCCGCCGUUACUGCCUUUAGUCUGGUCUAUGUGCAACCGCAGUUCCGCAAUGUCUUCGGAGGUGUUAUUGCCGUUGGCUGGCAAACUUAUCUGAGCUGGUUGAACCAGAAGGCUAAACACGAAGUUGAGAUGGCCGAGCUGGCGGCUGCAGCCGAGAGCACAAUCUCCGAAAUAGCGAAUCCUUUGAAUGGCAUGUCCUGCUCACCGCAACUGCCGCGGCCUGAACAAUCUGAUUCCAGUGACUACGGAUCGGAUUUCUCUCCCGAAGAAGACGAGCUACUAAACGAGCUACUCGCCAAAGCCGUCGCGGAAAAGGCGACUAUUCAUCCCAACGCCACCCCGACCUCGACCUCGACUCCGAUCCCUACAGCCGCGCCGAUAACACAAAACACAAACAGAGUACCCCUAUCAGACCCCACGGAUAUCGAGACCCUACAACCGGCGACUCUUGCGGCGCUCGUCGCGGAUAUUGAAGAUGGUAUUGAGGAUGCUCCGGGUGUCCGGCUACCCAAAGUGCUGGGCGGGAGAAGCCUCGUUCGCCAUGGAGACAAUCGAGUCAACGUUCUUGGAUGGGCUCACAAACUGCAAGGGGGCUUGCGGAUAGAACAAGCCCGGGACCAAACAACAGGCCCAGCCCGCUUGCGUUUAGUGGAACACCCUCACUCAUCCGAAGGCAGAGAACGAGAGCGGGAGCGCAGUGCUGCGCGUGAGUUAGUCUGGACACAAGAAGCACAGGCAGCUGCCACAAUAGACACUAGAUCUCCCGUGGAGCGAUUCAGACGCCCGCCAAAUAAGGCUUUCUCUGUGACUGACUUGGUUUCGCCUGCUUGGUGUGAGCUGCAAUAUUGGUAUACCUUGACCAAACAUGGGAGGAAACGAAGAACCCCCGCCAUGAAAAAGGGCAGCGUCGUGCACAAGACCCUCGAGGAUGAAAUAUAUACUACCGUGCCGGUCGAGAUUACGACAAAAGAGGAUGCAUGGGCCCUCAGGAUAUGGAAUGUGAUCCAGGGACUGCGGCUGCUGCGGGAAUAUGGCAUUACUCGCGAACUGGAGGUUUGGGGCCUCAUCGAUGGAGAGGUUGUUAAUGGGGUGAUUGACCAGCUGUCGUACGAAUGCCCAGACUCCAAGUUCGAGGCAACAGCUGCGAGAUUUUAUGAAGAUGCAGCGACGUCGCGGGCCGCCUUACCUGAAUACCAGAUGUCCUUGUCGGACUAUUUGCUUUCUUCCUCCCAAGGUGGAAGGAGGCUUUCAGACCUUGCCGAGCACCAGCCCGUGGAGGAAUUCUACCCCGCCGAAGAGGAAUCCAUGGCUGUUUAUGACCUACCGAGGAUAUACAUGACAGACGUGAAGACCAAGGCGAAUGGAUCGGCUCCUACGGUCAAAAGCACAUCUUUCCGGCCGACACUCCUGCAAUUGCAACUGUAUUACCAUAUGCUCAACCGUCUUAUUACGAGCGACGAUGUAACGAUUUACGUUCUUGCAGAACGCUACGGGUUUGACCCGGAACGUCCAUUUACCGAUACAUUUAUAACCGAAGUGGGUGGAUUGAAUGAUGAGUUCUUUGACGCCGAGUCAUCCCAAGAGCUUGACAUGGAUGAUAUUUCAAAUCCAGAUGAUGCUAUACGGAGGUCCUCUGGCUCCGAACCAGCGUCUAGCCUCCCAAAGGCUAGUCAAGACUCAACCAGCGUCCUCUUAACCCAUGGGACUCUUGCAAGCCUCUGGGAUUACAUGAAAGAUCAACUCCGUCUUACAUUCCUACCCGAAUAUUCAUCAACCUCGUCCCCUGUCGCUCCAUCUAUUCCAUCGCACACCCAGCCAGAAAUGCUCAAAGAGUACCCUACUCUUCUUUCUCCUGUUCUUACUGCACGAUAUGUGUCUUCAGCCGCGACAACCGACCCCCAACCUCGGCAUAUCGGAAGUAGAUCUUUCUUUUACGACACUGACACCAUGAGUUCCUACAUUACUGAACAAAUGGAAUGGUGGCGUGGUCAGCGUGAUCCCCGUGGUGUCGACGUCAUGGAUGCUUGGAAAUGUCGUUUCUGUGACUUCAACGAGGAGUGCACUUGGAGACAAGAGCGAGCGUUAGAAUAUGCCAGACGAAACAGCAGACGGAGGACGAGUGCUUCAGUAGAUUUCUGA